GGACUUUCUCCUUCAACGGUCUGCUGUUGAUUGAAGCCUUGAAUUUCAUUGCCAUAGCGCUUAAUGGCUAGACUUUGAAAUGAUUACAAAGCCAUUAAUGGCCAUACUUUUUACUUCGGAAACAAGGUGACCAUCAAGCUGGAAUCUGUUCCAACGAUCGAGACACAAAUUGCCUUUUACAUCGAAUACAUCAUCCCUCCGAGCAAUAUUGGAACGCACCAAACAACAUUGCAAGUCCUAUCUCAUCAACGCCCAAACAAAACUCUUGGAAGAAUAAUUCCACAAUGUCUACCAUCAGCAUCCAAGUCACGGCAGUGCUCACAGGUGCUUUCCUCUCAGGAGCAAUGAUGUCGCUCUGCUUCAUCGCAGUUCCAGUCCUCCUGGACACUGCCACUGAAGCUUCUCAACUUUUACCCCAAUGGGCACGCAUGUACUACUACGGCCACCAAAUCAUGCCAACCAUCGCUGUUGGCACAUUGCUUCUAUAUUGCUAUAUAUCUUUCAGAAAUAAAAGGAGCUGGCGCCUUUUCGCACUGGCAGGUGUAACGACAGUCAGUAUAGCACCAUUCACGUGGAUCUUCAUGGUGUCUACGAAUGAUGAGCUGUUUCGGCUCGAGGCGUCGAGUAAGGUAAUGGAUGUAGAGAUUGAGCAAGUCAAGGGGUUGGUGGUGAGGUGGACUUGGUUGCAUUUUAUGAGGUCGUUGCUUCCGCUUGCAGGGGCUGUCAUGGGCGCACUUGGAAUAUUUUGAAGUUUUAAGAUUGCAGGUGGCUCUUAGUUCAUAUUUUACCAUCCCACUAGCAUCAUAAUAUCAAGAAAUCUCACUGUUGG